AUGGGGGACCAACAAGCUGAUAAGACUUAGUGUCAAGUUCUCAGAAAACACAAUUGGAAUCGAAUCCUGAAGGCAAAUACUUUCCAUUCACCAAGGCUAGGAGCAAGGACUAAUCCUCCAUAGAGUAAUUUCUCAGUAGAGGAAGAUUCAAAGAUUAUUGUACAGUAGCACUCACUGCAAUAACAAAACACUCUUAAUAUAAAAAAUCAAUCGUCAGAGGAGAAAUUACGUUAAAUUCAAGAGGUAGCCAGCGAAUAUAACGUGCAAAAUUAUAAUCUGGAAGAUAGGGGAGCGAACAAGAAUAUUCAAAGCAGCCAGAAUGCCAGAUCAGAUAAUAAAAAAUCCUAAGAAUUAAAGAAGGAUACUUUCUAUCCUCAGAAUCAACUAAAGAAGCCCACUAAAUUGCCUAGCUCAAGAGAUGUAAUGAAGCAAAUGCAAACUAAUACUUCAACGACUGUUCCUCUUGUAAAGAAAGUAGAAGAAAAAUAAACUUACAGUCUAGCAGUAUCGCAUUAAGUUUCAUUAACUACCUAGAUUAAAAUGGAUAAUAGAGCUACUGCUGAAGAUGAGGAUUUUAUUGAUGACAUACUUGAUGACUCAAUGGAGUUGAGAGAAUCUUAGACACAGACUCAUUCAUCAAUUACUAAAACAAAGCCUAACUCAGGAAUUAGUACUGGCAAAGCCAAUCAAAGUACUCCAUCAAAUAAUAAAAUAAACACGACAAGUCCAUCUAAGCUGAAUUCUAAGUUCACAAGUAGUGCAGGAGUCCAUAGUAGAUCUUAAUUUUCAGCUUCUAAUUCUUAAUAAAGUAAAAAUUAAAUAAAGUAGUCAGUAGUUCAAGGUAAAAAGACUCUUUAAAGCUUGAUGUCUGAUAAAGAUCACCAGGCAGAUAAUAAAUCAAUAGUUUAAUUGGAUUUAAAUCUAUCUAUGUCAAACUUGCAAAGAAUACCUACUGAAUAGCUCAAUAACAUCAAUUUAAGGUCUAUUGAUCUCAGAAAUAAUAGAAUAACAUCUGAAGGAAUCUGCUGCGAGCUAUUUUAACUUCCGAAUGUUUGGAAACUUUAAUUAGACAACAAUCUUAUCACAGAACUACCAGAUUAAUUUGAGUUAAUGGUGGGCUUAAGAUAAAUUACACUUGGUCAGAAUUAAUUAGAAAAGCUGCCUGAAAGCUUAUUUAAAUUAAAAAACAUCGAAAAACUAGACCUUAGUCAAAAUAAAUUGGUAAAUUUAUCAAAUUCUAUUGAAAAACUGGCGAAUCUUAAGUAUUUGUAUCUUUCAGAAAAUAACUUUACAAUUUUACCUAGGGCUAUUGGGCUUCUCAAUAAUCUCUAAUAAAUAUCUCUAGAAUGGUUCAUGUACAUUGAGCCACUAUUCGACAAAUUAAUAAAAAGAAUUAUUCCAAUUUAGGCACCACAUAAAGAAAUCAAGACUCAAGAAGAAAGCUCGAUUCUUCUAGUAAUAGAGGCUUUUAAUUAAUGUAAGAAGGAAUAAGUGAAUUUUUUCGAUUUCAUUUAGUCUUUCUAUAAGUAAGCUUCAAUAAAGGAUGUAUUUAAAACCCUUAAAAUCAACAAGGGUUCAACUUUGAUUCACUUUAUCUGCAAAUAUCAGCACAUGCAUUUAUUUGACUUGAUGAAGGAAUAUAAAUAAAACAUAGAUAUCAAUGUGACUGAUUAACUAGGAAAUAGUCCUUUAAUAAUUGCUAUUUAGGAAAAAUCAUCAGUUGUUACAGAUAAAAUAUUGAGAGAGUUUAAAGAUUAACUCAAUUUAGUUUACAAAGGAAUAAAUGAAGAUGAUAAUGAGUAAAUGACACCUACUAAAGGCCAAAGCAAGUAGCCUACUACAAUAGUUUUGCAUCCUUUACUACUUUCACUGAGAAAUUAAUUAUAUGAAACUGCUCUAAGAAUUUUCAAUAUAAUGGUGAAGAAUCAUAAUAAAAGCAAUCAAUCUGAAAUUCUUAACUUGAAUAUGAAAGAUGAAAACAGUCUUUCCAUCAUGCAUUACCUCUUUAUGAAUUUUUCAACUAAUAUGGAAUUAAGUGUUGAACUCUGUUAAGAAAUCCUUAAGUAAUUUGAAAGAGGGCAGAAAAAUAUCCCAUAAUCUGUUAAGUUAGGCCUAAAUGAUCAAAACAAAUAAGGAAUGACUCCAUUUGACUUGGCUGUAGAGGUAAAGUAAAAUCAAGCCAUCGAAUUCGCCAUUUACUAUAAUAAAAAUCUCCUGCCUGCAUUUUAAUAAACCAAGCUUAAUUAAAAGAAAGAUUAAUUUGACUUGAACUUCAAUAAAAAUGCAAGAGGGCUGACACCCUUGCAUCGGGCUAUACUAAAUUUGAAUUACAAAGCAAUAUAUCUAUUACUAUAAUCAGGAGAUUGUAAUCUCUUUUUAAAGGAUAGAGAUUUUAAAACAGCAAGAGAUUACUGUUUAUUAAAGUAAUUCCUCAAUAAAUACCUUAGAAAGGGCGAGAGCAACAUCAUCAGAAAUAUUGUGUAAAAAAUUUAUCAUGAUCGAAUAAGAGAGUAUGAAAAAAUUCAAUAGUCAAAUAAGACUGAGAAAAGAGGCUAUUAACUAAGAUCAGGAAUACUAGUUAAAAAUGUUUAACAUAACAAUACGAACUUUUUCUAUAUGUCGCAAAGAAGAGGAAAUAGAGUAAAGUACAAUAGUUGGUACACAAGAAUCAAUUAAGCCGGAGGACUUAAUGGUUAAGGAAACUAGACUAAAAAUGACUAGUAAUAACCUAAUAAUCUAAAUGGCUUGCAUUUGAAUUCACAGUAAGUAACACAUGAGUAAAAAGAUGGGGAUUAUGAUGAUGAAGAAAGUGAAGAAGAGUAAAUCAGGAUAGAGGAUGUCAAGGAUGAUGAUGAAAACUUGCUUAAGGCUAAUAGCUACGUCCAGGAUAGUAUUGUCAAAAUGAACCUAAUGAUAGGAGAUGAUUAAGAAUAUAAACCAAACAGACCAGUAGAUAGAAAAGCAAAUUCUUUGCUUAAGCCUACAAUAAACUAAGUCAAUUUGAAUGAGAGGAGACUUUCUGAUUAGUAAUAGCAGUAGUAAAAUAAAAAGACAAGUGCUUCGUUAAUACAGAAACAUAAUGCUUUAUAAGCUAGCACAAAUAAAACAAUUCAAGUUGUAAAUCACUCCUAAAAAGCCUCAAUAACUUCUAAGCUAUCUCCAAGAUAAUAAAACAUGAAUUCAGAUUAGCAAAAAAUAAGAAUAUCACAACCAAUUACAGAGGUAGUAAGUUUUGACAUCUAAUAAAGGAUCAAUGCAGUAGAGAUUAGAGACGUUAGUAGUGUUUUGAGUCACAGAAGAGAUUCAGAAGAGUUCAAUAUUGCAGAGGAGGAAGAAGGCCAAGAAGAAGGUAAUGAUGAAAGCCCUUCUACACUACCUAGUAAUAAAUAUAAAUACAUAAUGUCAGUAAAUAAUUCAAAGCUUGCCAGAAAGCCUUACUAUAAAUAGAUUUAAAGAAACAGAUUCGAGAGAGAAUUUUGUAUCAUAAUGGAUCCAAGAGUUGAUCUAUCUGAAAAAAUGAAUAAACUUUUCUCUGUGUUUUCACAAGUUCAAUAGAAUAUCUCCCAUCCUUAAAAAGAUAUCAGUAGUGGAUUCUACAGAGAUGGCAGAGAAUUCCUAGGAUUCCUAAAACUAGAAUUAGAAAGUAAAGAAUUUAAUCUUGCUGCUCUGAAGAAUGAGAUACUUUACUUCUAAGAGAUAAUUUUUGGGAACUCUAACUUUGCAUUAAUAAUCAAUGAUGGUAAUUAGAGUGCUAGGAAAAAUACUAAUAACAAUUUUUCUCUUGAAAGAGGACCACUUCCUAUGAUUUAAGAAACUUAGCAUGAGAAUACCAAUAUAAGUCCUCAGAAAAAGUUUUUAGCCUAACCAUCUGCCAAUAAAUUUGGAUUUAAACAGAUGAAUAAGACCUCGACUAAUUCAAGAUAGAAUUUCAGCUCAAUUUAAGCUACAGAGCAACUUGAAGAGGAUAAAUCUUAAAUAGCCUUAAGAUUGAAUACUGCUACUUCAUCUAAGAAUUUAGAUUAGUCAAAAUAGCAAUCCUCUUCUGCCACUACCGCUUCUAGAAAGACCAAAGUAAAUGAAGUCAAGCUAGUAAAUAUGAAAAACAUAGUUAGUGGAAGUCAAGAUGAUGAUGGAGCUAAGUCCCCUACCUCACCUCGAGGCAAUAGCGGCCAAAUCAAUCAAAAGUUGAAUUUAACAUCAACUACUUUAUAGAUUUAAUCGCCUUAAUCAAAUUAUGGAAGUAGCCUAACAUUCUAGCAAUAAAAUUUACUGAAAACAAAAGAAUCAUGUAUCAAGAAAAUAGAGGUCUAAAUUACUGAAAAAUAGCAAAUGUCCUCUCCCUAAGAUAAAAAUAGUGGGAAGUGGAAAUAGCUAACAAUAAACCCUAACAGUAAUACGAAUAGUGCAAGCAAUAAUAGUAGUUCUUAAAAUAUCUCUAUUUCAGGAGUAGCAAAGGGGCUUUAAAAGAUUAACUCAAAACUAUCUAAUACUCCCUAAAGCUAAAGAGCUAAUUAAUAAAUCCUGAGCCUCAUGACCAAUGCUUAGACAUAGAACUCUAGCAGCAGCUUAAAUACCAAUAGAAACACUUUAAAUUUAUAAACAGCAUAGGCUAAAACCACUGAAGUUUCAAAUAUAAUUAUCACCUCAUCUUAAAAUAAAACUUCAUCUUCAUUAAGCAAUAGAAGUAGUUCAAACCCCAGAAAUAGCUUGAUAGGCAAUACUGCUAAUAAUCUAAAGCAGCAAGUUCAAAAAAGCUAGCCACAAAGUCUUUCAAUAGCCCAGUCAAAUAGCUAAGCUAAUCAAGGAAACUCUUCAUUAGCGAAAGUCUCAUAUGUUUCAUUUUAGCCAAAGAAUUCAAAUCUUGGAUAAACUACUUAGAACGGCAAUACAGCAUCUCAAGUUCAGAGUGAAAGUUAACCAUUUAUGAUGUCUACUACCUAAAACACCAAUAAUAAUACUAAUACUACUCUUACUUAACUAGGAAUGAGCCAUUAAUCUAAACUGAAAGCCCCAGCAACAAAGAACUAUAACAGACAUACAAUAGGCAAAACUACUAUUAAAAAAUGA